AUGACAGGUGUGAGCAUAGACUCUUUUUUUUUUUGCAUAUCUAUCUAUCUAUCUAUCUAUCUAUCUAUCUAUCUAUCUAUAGGUUUUUUUCAUUUUCUUUCCGCUUCCUGUUUUAUUUUUCUUUGUCAUUUCUUUGUUUAUUUUUUUUAUUUCUUUUUUUUUUCUUUCUUUCUUUCUUUCUUUCUUUCUUUCUUUCUUUCUUUCUUCCUUCCUUCCUUCCUUUAUCUACUUGUUUCUGUUUUUUUAUUCUUAUCUUAUCUCUUUGUUUCUUCCUAUAUUUUUUCUUUUCUUCAUUCUUUCUUUCUUCCUUUUUCUGAUAUUUUCGAUCAUCCGUUUUUAACUUUUUCUUUUGCUUACUCCCAUAAUAUCUAUCACCAACAAUUUCCUUCUUUCUUUCUUUCUUUCUUUCUUUCUUUCUUUUUUCGAUGCUUCAUCUUUCUUCUUUUCCUACCUCCUCUUAUUUCUCUUCUUUGUCAGCAACCCACUUUCUUUUUCUUCCUUUAUUUUUCUUUCAUACACGGUUCCUACAAUUUCUUUGCUAUUUUUUAUCACUCUGCCAUAUUUGCUUUUCGUAUUCUUUUUACUGAUAUGUUCUUUCAAGCGUUCUUUAGUUUUUUCCCACUUACGUAUUCAUUAUUUAUUCAUUAG